AUGAAGUUUGGUAGGACGAUUAAGACGUCCUUGUAUCCUGAAUGGUCGUCUCAGUACUUGCAGUACUCUGACCUAAAGAAGGAUAUCAAGAGGCGCUUGGCUGAGAACCAGGGUACCUGGACCGACAAGGACGAGGAUGAGUUUGUCGAGGAACUGCGCAUGGAACUCGAUAAAGUCUACUCAUUUCAGAAGAGCAAGGUCUCAGAGCUCACGGGUCGUAUUGAACAGGUGAAUACCGAGGUGAACCAACUCCUGGCUGCGCGUGCCGAGCAUGAGGCGGGUCACCAUCGUGAACACGCUCACAAUGGCGAGGGUCAGGGUGACGAGCAGCACCACCCGAAUGACCAGCACCGCGACACGCUCUACAAAGCCUGCCACAAUGCUGGAUCGGAUGACGAGUUCGACUCAGACAGCGAAGAGACCGACCACUUUGAAGAACGAUUCCAGGACCUGGAGGAGAACCUCGCCAACGUGAUUGCCGAUGUUCACGAUCUGGCUCUGUUCACAAAGCUGAACUACACUGGUUUCCUCAAGAUCGUGAAGAAGCAUGACAAGCAGACGGACCGUCUUUUGCGCAAGGAGUUUGUGCAGCACUAUCUGAGCACACGUCCCUUCUACAAGGAGAACUAUGACGCGCUCAUCGUCAAGCUCUCGCGCAUGUUUGAUAUUGUUCACACGCGCGGCAAUCCGGUCAGAGGUGACUCGAGCGCUGGUGGCUCGCAGAGUGCCUUUGUUCGCCAGACCACCAAGUACUGGGUGCACCCCGACAACAUUGUCCCGCUCAAGCUCUUUAUUCUCAAGCACCUCCCUGUGCUCAUUUUCAACACGGAGAAAGAAUACCAGCCUGAGGACAGUGCUAUUACGUCUAUUUACUAUGACAAUGAAGAUCUGGAGCUGUACCUAGGCCGUCUCGAGAAGACCGAGGGUGCCGAGGCUAUCCGUCUCCGCUGGUACGGUGGUAUGGACAACAAGACCAUCUUUGUGGAACGUAAGACGCACCGUGAAGACUGGACAGGUGAGAAGAGUGUCAAGGCGCGCUUCCCCAUCAAGGAGGAACUCGUGAAUGCAUUCAUGCGUGGAGAAUAUCGCAUGAAUGAUACAUUCGAGGAGAUGCGCAAGAAGGGCAAAAAGUCCGACAAGGAAAUCGACUCCAUGAUUCAGCUCGCGUCCGAGGUGCAGUACAGCAUCUUGUCGCGCAAACUGCAGCCUGUCAUGCGCUCGUUCUACAACCGCACGGCAUUCCAGCUACCGGGUGAUGCCCGUGUGCGUAUCUCGCUUGACACGGAGCUCACGCUGGUGCGUGAAGACAACUGGGAUGGCAAGCAGCGCUCGGGCAACAACUGGCGUCGUAUGGACAUCGGCAUCGAUUAUCCGUUUGAGCAGCUCCCUGAGGCCGAUGUCGAGCGUUUCCCAUAUGGUGUGCUCGAAGUGAAGCUUCAGACGCAAAUGGGUCAGGAACCUCCCAAAUGGGUGCGUGAGCUUGUGCAGAGCCACCUCGUCGAGGCUGUGCCCAAGUUCUCCAAGUUCAUUCAUGGAUGUGCUACACUCCUGUCAAACCGCGUGGAUCUUGUUCCUUUCUGGCUUCCACAGAUGGACAUUGACAUCCGCAAGCCUGUCUCGAUGAACCUGGCUCUUGACCGCCCUCAUCACAGCUCUAACAGCUCGGAUCACACCCACAGCAGUGGCAGGAAUCCGCAGUACGAGCCCGUGAGUGAGGACGAAUUCGAAGGUGAUGAUGGUGACGAGCACAUGAAGUCGCAGAUCGCCAGUGCUCAACAGGAGGCUGACAACGUGGGUCUGUCGGCGUUCGACCCGCGUAUUAAGGAAAUUCGUGAGCAGCGUGAGAAGUACCUUGUGGAACACCGCAAGGAGUCGGAGGGUGCUCACAAGGACGCAUCGAAGGCGCCUACUAAGGACAAGGCUUCGACGUCUCGUUCGGACUUGCAUGUGCCUAUGAGUCGCGAUGACAUUCUUGCACCUUCGACCGUGUUCGACAAGAACUACGUCAAAAAGUUUGGUAACAACAUUAGCCGCCUAUUGGGAUCCGCUGACCAGGCCGGCGACGAGAACGAAGCAGACGAGCGUGCCAUUCGUGCUCUCCAGGGCCGCGACGAAGAAGAACCUCGCGGAUCGGGUAGUGGUCCACCUAAGGGUGUGGAAUACGUUACUGACUUCCGCACGGAGCCUGGCAAGAAGGUAUCGGUGCCGAUUCGUGUUGAGCCCAAGGUGUACUUUGCCAACGAACGCACGUUCCUCAAGUGGCUCGAGUUCAGUGUGAUGGUGGCAUCGAUCGCUACGGGUCUACUCAACUUCCAACGUGUCGGCGAUGUGGUGGGCCUUGUCACUAGCACGCUCUUCACUGUCAUCGCACUGUUUACUAUCGCAUACUCUGGUGCACUAUACAUGUGGCGCGCGCUCAAGAUCCGCGAGCGCAGCUCGUCGAAUGUGUACUCGGACUCGUAUGGUCCUACCUUUAUUUGCGCGACGAUUCUUGGUAUCACUGUCGUCAACUUCGUCAUGCGCUACUUUGAGACGAAUGAGUCGCGUCUCUUCCGUGGUGUGCCGAACUAA